CGGCCCUCCGUAGCCAUUUUGGCUCAAGGCAUCCUGGUUCAAACCGACUUGGUGCAGCUUCCAUUUUGUCCGUCAUCAAAUCACACACACGCGAAAACACUUGGCUUGCGGGUCCUUUCUUUCCUGUUCAGGUGGGAUGGUGGCCCAGAAGGCACCUUGGACCGUGUGGUCCGUGGUUGCAGUCGUCCUCAGCAUCAGCGUACCCACUGUGACCUCGAUCGGUGUGAGUUCCAAGCAAAAGUGUGCAGAUGACGACGCCCAAAUUAUUGCGCUGGCAAGCGGCAUCGGCGUCACUAUCAGUGGUUGUGCUGCGGUGCAGCCUUAUUGCGAAGAUGCGAAGUACGGCAGCACUGUGAAAGCGACCUGCCCUGCAACGUGUGGCCUUUGCAGGGUGGCCAGCCCCAGCAGCUCCCAGGCGGCUGAGGUGCUGAUGGACAGGAGCUCCAGGGGCUCCCGGGACGCGGAUGAUCAACGGUCCCUGGACAGGGCUCUGGCAGCGAAAGGGCCCGACCCGACGCCGAGGCCGACGCCGACGCCGUACCCGACGCCGAAGCCGACGCCGAACCCGACGCCGAACCCGACGCCGAACCCGACGCCGUACCCGACGCCGAAGCCGACGCCGAACCCGACGCCGAACCCGACGCCGUACCCGACGCCGAACCCGACGCCGAACCCGACGCCGUACCCGACGCCGAAGCCCACGCCGAACCCGACGCCGAACCCGACGCCGUACCCGACGCCGAACCCGACGCCGAACCCGACGCCGUACCCGACGCCGUACCCCACGGCCUUCCCGACGCCCUACCCAACAGCUUUCCCGACGCCCUACCCGACGGCCUUCCCGACGCCGUACCCGACGGCCUUCCCGACGCCCUACCCAACAGCUUUCCCGACGCCCUACCCGACGGCCUUCCCGACGCCGUUCCCGACCCCUAGCCCGACGCCCAGCCCGACAUAUCCUUUGGGUUGGCCGACGCCACAACCAACGUUUCUUCCCGCAGCUCCUAUGCCGGGUGGAGCUGCCGGAGGCGUGGCUGCCACCGGCGAUCCCCACCUUCAGAAUGUUCACGGCGAGCGGUUUGAUUUAAUGCAGGCGGGCAAACAUGUUCUGAUAAACAUCCCUCGUGGAGUGAGCGCUGAAGACGCAUUGCUUCGUGUGCAGGCCUAUGCGCGCCGCCUUGGUGGAAGUUGUUCGGAUAUGUAUUUUCAAGAACUGAACAUUACAGGCUCUUGGGCAGAGGCUAAGCAAGUUGGAGGGUACCACUACGGCGUACGGCAAAGCGUUAGGACGAGUCCGCAAUGGGUUGCUAUUGGCCGGGUAGAGCUGAAAGUCGUCCAUGGACGCACAGAGAGUGGCAUCCUGUACUUGAAUGUGUUUGUGAAGCAUUUAGGGCGAUCAGGGUUUGCCGUCGGAGGUUUGCUGGGGGAAGACGACCACAAGGACGCGAUGACUCCCCCGGCGUCUUGUACCAAACACAUUCCUUUGCUAGAAGCAGUGAGGAGUGGCCAGGUUCCUUCUUCCGAGUCGUCGGUUGCAGCGGCAACCUUCGCGUGACCAUGCUGGAUACAUUGAAAUGUGGGUAUAUGACAAGUACGCCCAUUCGGGUGACGCAUGCGGUAGUGUUUUCCUGCUCCAAAAAAAACUG